AUGCCCCACUCUGCUGUUUAUCAACAGUUGCCUCAAGACGUUGUAGAUGAAACUAUCGUCGAGGAACAAAACACCGAGGAUCAUGCCAAGGCUGCCCGCGGACGCAGUGCCCGGGCGCACAAACCAGGACAUAUAGACCUGCGAAAGUUGGAUAACGCAUUCAAAAGGUGGACAGAAUCUAUUGCACAGAAAGUUAAACGGAAGAAGAAAGUCGAAGACUACUCUCGCAAGGAGAUAUGGCAGAGUGUCUUUGAGCCUUGUGCGCCACCUUCUGCUGUUGGGAGCGGAAGUGAGUUCAUGGUCAAAACACUUGAUCACAAGCCUCUCAUGUCCCAGGCGACUUUCGACAAUUUAACACAAUCAGUGCGAAAUGCCAUAUCAGCUGGAAUUCACCCAAAGAUGAUCGUGAAAGGAUCUUCUGGAUCCUACUUUGCUCGUGCGAAAGUUGAUGGGAGAGUUCAGACAGUUGCUGUAUUCAAGCCCAAAGAUGAGGAACCUUAUGGGCGCUUGAACCCUAAAACUACUAAGUGGUUACAUCGGCAAUUUAGAUGGAUAAUUCCAUUCGGGCGGGCUUGUUUGAUACCCAAUCUCAGUUACAUCUCAGAGGCUGCAGGAUCCCUGCUUGACGAACGCCUUGGGCUUAAUAUUGUCCCUCGUACACAACUCGUCUCACUAUCUAGCCCUGCCUUCUUCUAUGAUUGGAUUGACAGAAGUGCAGCCAAGAAAGGUAAACCACUACCUGAAAAGAUAGGAAGCAUGCAGUAUUUCUUGCAUGGAUACACUGAUGCAUCAGAUUUCCUACGGAAGCACCCCUGGCCCGGCCGCUCUAUCGCAGACACAUUUGACGAUUCAUCGCACCGCAAAGGUCUCCCCACGAAACGAUUUCUUAGCGCGCUGAAAAUAAUAUGCGGAAGGACUGGCGACGAAGACAUAGACGAUGAGGACCCAGAGGAAGAACGUGCUCUUUUCGACGUUACUGAAGACAACGAAUCUGGACGUCCGUUCUAUUGGUCGCGAGCACUUCAACAAAGUUUUAGAGAAGAGCUAGAAAAGCUUGUGAUACUUGACUACCUGAUGCUAAAUACCGACCGUGGAGCUGAUAACUACAUGAUCAAAUACUGUGAAGGCAGCCACGAAAAGCUGGUUGAUGUUGCCCCUCAGCCUUCAGCUCACCCCCAGAUGCCACAGAUGCGCCGCGCUGAGACACAUUCUCCAUCCUCACAGUCUACCGUGACUUUCGCCAAUGUCAUCCCUCCAUCUCAAGCUAACGCUGCUUCGUCUGACUAUAUACGUCAGCCGCAUAUACAUAUUGCAGCCAUAGACAAUUCGCUCUCGUUCCCUCAUGAGCAUCCUCGAGGCUGGCGGUCGUAUACCUAUGGGUGGUUGUAUCUCCCUGUCAACUUGAUUGGGCGUCCUUUCAGUGAAAAGACGCGAGCGCAUUUCUUACCCCUCUUGACCUCUAAAACUUGGUGGGAGGAAACAACCUUCCAGCUUCGUAAACUCUUUGCAGUCGACCCUGACUUCCAUCCCAAAAUGUUCCAGAGACAACUAGCUGUCAUCAAAGGUCAAGCUUACAACAUUAUCGAGUCUUUGAAACAUGUGGAUGAAGGUCCGCUGGAGUUGACCCGUCGUACAAGAGCACUUGUUUGGGACGAUGAAAUUGAAAUCAUGGAAGAAGCACCUCGUCCUCCUGGUGUUGGUCUUUCACCUGCAUCACCACGCCCGUCCAUCAGCACCAUGCCAUUACCACGGCGUACACGCAGUCAAAGUUACUCUGCUGAGUUCCCUCCACCCGUCCGCCGGAGAUCAUCAGAAGCCGACCGCCCCGUUCCGUUCUCUGCCAAGUUUCAGAAGGUACACCCGGGUACGACAGGUGUCACGGUUCUUGAGCAUCUUGAACGCUUGGACGUUGUCGAAGCCGGGCUGCAACGGCUUGGCGUCGAAGAACCGGUCAUCGAGGAGGACGAAGAGGAAGAAGUCGAUGUUGGAAUGUCGUCUGCACCGCAACCGUCCCUUAUUCCCACUGGCGAUGCGCUCCCACCCGAUGAUCUAUCGGCUUCACAGCAACUCACCCCACCUGGUAGUCCGGGCGGGCUUACCUCUGUGACGGAGGUAUACUCACUCGCCAACUCUGUGACGGAGGAGGAUCUGGCAGUCAUGUCCAAGUCAAUGUCUCAUGUCGAGUCACCAUUCACACCUCAGCAUAAUAGGUGGAACAGCCAUGCUGGGCGGAUGUAUCACCAGCCCGACCAUAGCCUAGACUGGAUGAACGUCGACGAACUUGAACAGCAGAAGCGAACCGUUAUUGUCGAGCGAUUUGAGACGGUCGCUGCGAAACCUCUUCUCAGUUGCUGGUGA